UAGGAUGCUAUUGUGCGGAGGAACAAUCGUGCCAUCGGGGCGUGUUAACAUUAAUGCCUUUGUGUUACAGUCUGCGUUGUCGAACAAAGGCGCGUCAGCAUUGAGUCCGCCCCUCUAUUUGUUUUUAAUAUGUUCAUGAGCUCCUAAUUUGAUCUAACUGCCACUUAAUCCGAACCCGAAGCAAGAUUAUGUAUGUAAACAUCUUCGAUUUCGGAAUGUCUUUUUCGGUAUUUGCGCAGGCCCAUAGAGCCGUCUAUUUGAAGAAAAAAUUACGAACCCGAGACAUUUGUCAUAUUUGUACUGCGGAGGUUACUAACGGACCUGUAACAUUUAUACAUGGAUCAGAUAAGGCAAUCUAUAUUUCCAUUUUUUGCGCAAAGAUUUGCUAAUGCACAUUUUCAUGGAAUUCCUGUGGAGAGGUUUACGGUUGGGGGUCAUGGGUUUCCCUUCUCCGCCCCCAUGUUUCUCGCGCCGCAACACCAUGCCCCAGUCCCGCAGUCAGCGAAUUCCCCUAUGAUGGCUCCCCCCUAUCACGUUCGUUUGGCGCCCCCUAUGGGAGUUCCCACGUACAACUUUUCUCAGGCGGAAGUGGACAGUUUGCUUUACGGGUAUUCAAAGACCCGGGAUGACAAGUGUAGUGGACACGCCCUGUCUUGCUUACGAAUCGGGGAUCUCUCGCACGUAGGUAUUGAUAAGAUUUUAUCACGGGAGGGAGUUUCAUCUGAGAAGAAACUUUCGAGUGAAAAAAUAAACUUCCAGACACCUACCAAAUUUGUCGAUGCCAGUGGAAUAGGCAUGCCGGAAGGCCUGACAUUAUUUCAAACGACGCAUGCUGGGGUACACCACUACGGGGUUUUCUGUGCGAAAACCGUUCUGAGCCGGGGGACCCGCUUUGGUCCAUUCAAAGGAAAAGUCGUGAACACGAGCGAGAUUAAAACGAACGAUGACAACUCUUUCAUGUGGGAAAUUUUUCAAGAAGGCAAACUCAGUCAUUUUAUUGAUGGUCGCGGAAGUGCGGGCGGAUGGAUGUCCUUUAUAAAUUGUGCUCGAUAUGCUCAAGAACAAAAUAUGAUAGCAAUCCAGAUUGAAGGCGACAUUUUCUACGAGGCCUGCAAAGAUAUUCCGAACGGCACAGAGCUCCUCGUUUGGUAUGGAGACUGCUAUCUUCAAUUCAUGGGUGUACCCGUGUCCUUGAAAGAAAUGGCGGAUGGUGGGGCGCAAGAGGAAUCGGAAUCGUCAGGAGAAGGCUACCAGUGCGAGAGGUGUGGUAAAGUGUUCGCCUAUAAAUACUAUCGUGAUAAACAUCUGAAAUAUACACGGUGUGUGGACCAAGGGGAUCGCAAAUUUCCCUGUCAUUUGUGCAGCAGAUCUUUUGAAAAGAAGGACAGAUUAAGGAUUCAUAUUCUGCACGUGCACGAAAAACACAGACCUCACAAAUGUAUAGUGUGUGGCAAAAGUUUUAGUCAAUCCUCAAGUCUCAACAAACACAUGCGAGUCCACAGCGGAGAAAGGCCAUAUAAAUGUGUUUACUGCAACAAGGCUUUCACUGCUUCCAGUAUUCUCAGAACCCAUAUCAGACAGCAUUCCGGAGAAAAACCUUUUAAGUGCAGGCAUUGUGGAAAAGCCUUCGCUUCUCAUGCAGCCCAUGACAGUCAUGUUCGAAGAACACACGCCAAAGACAAAGUGUACACAUGCUCAGUCUGUGGGAAAUGUGUUUCAAAUGCUUACGAACUUAAAUUACACAUGAAUAUUCAUUCUAUGUCUUAGACAAAGAAAUGAGUGCUUUACAAUUUGAUUCUGUGAUUAUGAAUUCCUGUGUGUUUGUGUUCAUUUUGACUUUUCACUAUCAUUGACGAUUUUUUAAAUCUUUGUAUAUUUAAUGAAAGUGGGUGAGUCAUCCUUAAUAAAAUGAAAGUGUGCAUAUACUACUGUACGUUUUUAAUUCGAAAAUGCCAACACUUUCUUUAAAUCCAUACUUAUACAUGUAUUAAGAGGCCCUGGUCAUGAAAGAUGCUAAUUAUCCUUGUCAAACAAGCCAAAGUCUGCAAUGGUGGUUUCACUAUUUUUUUUACUGAUGAAAAAUUGACAGUUCAUCAAACAAAUUUUGUACAUUGAAAAUAGCCCUUUGAAUGAAACCUAAAUAUAGUAUAUACAAAUAAUAUUUAGACAGAUAAGCACGUGGUUCCUAUUCUAGAGAGACAUCAGCUGAGGACUUUAAUUCUCUGUGUGAGUCGUUACAAACAGGGGACAAAUUUCAGGUCCAUCAGUCUAUAAUAAUUUUAACAGCGCGCGUUGUCCUUCACCCAUACAAAGGGAAUUAAGGUUAGGAUUGUGAGUACAGGGAGAUAACUCGAUGCAAAAUAGUGUGAUUUCAUUCAUUCUUUCUCUUUUUCUUGAUCAUGAUGGACUUAUUUAAAUCUUUUGUAUGCAGAUAUUGUUUUGACGGCGAAAGAAUUUUUACGAAAUAAAUUUGUUAUUGAUUUUUAAAAAAAGAUUAUUUAAGAAAAAUGCUACAAAAAGGAGUUGGGUAAUUUUCACAUUUUUAAAAUUUUUUCUUCAGAACCGCUUAAGGAUUUAGAUGAAACUUGAUAGGGAUUAAGUACUAAAAGAUCUUCCCAAAAGUAUUGUUGUUUGGUCCGAAUCCGCCGAAAGGUGGCGCCAAAAGGUUCAAAAGUAGGUAACGGAGGAUACCCCAAGUCUGUGCUAUUUAUAGAGAUGACCAAUUUGCUCGGAAACGAGCUCGGAUGCAUAUGAGUUUGACAGCUUUAUUAUAUAGUAAUAUCAUAGUUCUAUUUGUAGAAAAAUAAUAUAUCAAUGUAGAUAUUUUCGAUAUGGAUGACAAAUAUAAAUUCUUGAUGGUAACCAUCAAAAUCUCAUGAUUUUGCAUUUACAUGGAAAUACUAUCAGCUUCACAACUUAUUUUGCAAAGUUUCUCUAAAUAUCUUUAGAUUUAUACGAAAAUCUAUAAAAAAAAAAAAAAAAAAAAAAAAAAAAAAAAAAAAAAGAGCAUCAUUAUAUAUUCUUUAAAUUUUAUUCACCAUAGACCAUCAUAUACCAAAGGGAAAUUAAUUCUAAAAUCAUCCAAGUAAAUUGUUGGCUAACUGGGUGUUCAGUUAUUUAGAGAAUCUUAGCACAAUGUUCACAUGUGUUCUUAAAAUAUAUUCGACAUAAUCCUAAAUCCAUCUCAGGCCUAGACUCCUCAUCCAGGGGACACCAAUUUAAAAUAAAGUGCACCGCCACGGCACAUGAUACGCCCGUCACAUAUUGUUAACAGUAUAGAUUGUACCCAUUAAAUUUUUUUUUUAUAUCACCUUAAUUAAAUGUCAC